GUGAGUGUCCACUCUAUUACUAGCAUGAACGAUAGUUGUUUUGACUGGUUGUUUUAAAAAUGCUGCCUUUGUCCUGAGUCGUUCAUGGUUUAAGUUUAUGAAAGAGCAACAAAAGGCAAUAAAAUGUGGAUACUGACACCCCUGCAGCCUGAAGGUGAGACCCACUAUCUUCUCUCCAGUAAAGAGUAUGUGGUGGGACGCAAGAACUGUGACAUCCUCCUGCCCAACGACCAGUCCAUCAGCAGGGCUCAUGCUCACCUAACUGCUACUGACCAGACCCUGACUCUGAAAGACACCUCCAAGUACGGUACAUUUGUCAACAGCCAGCGCUUGACAGAGAACACACCAGUGAACCUGAAGUCAGGCGAUAAUGUUACAUUUGGGGUUUUUGACAGCAAAUUCAGUGUGGAUCAUCAGAAGCCACUGGUGUGUUCAUCAUGUUUGGACAAUGAUGACAAAGCGUCACUCUCUCAGGUACUGUUGGUUUUGGGUGGAAAACUUGCCAACACCUGGACUCUGGACUGCACCCACCUGGUCAUGCCCUCUGCUAAAGUCACCAUCAAGACUAUUUCUGCCCUGCUGUGCUGUCGUCCCAUUGUGAAGCCAGAGUUCUUCUCAGAGCUCAGCAAAGCCGCUGAACAAAAGCGGCCCCCUCCUAAACCUGAUAGUUUCAUCCCUGAGAUCGAUGAGCCCAGCUUGAAUAAAGAGGAUGUUAACCUUGGAGCAAUUCCAGGUCGCAAACAGCUGUUCACUGGAAAGACCUUCAUAUUCCUCAGUGGCAAACAGCUGAAGCGCCUAAGUGCAGCAGUGAGUUUUGGAGGUGGCAGGAGCCAGCUGCUGGAGGAGGGCUCUCUGCCCCGGGACCUGCUGGAGUCUCCACAGAGCUGUGUGGUCGAUGCUACAACAGCCAGCUCCCAGGCUCUGCUUCCUUCCUCUACCACAGAUUGGGCAAACUCUGUGAAGAACAUUGUUCAAAGAAAAGGCCUUCGAAUCAUCACAGAGUCUGAAAUUGGUUUGGCUGCCAUCUAUGCUUCUUGUGACAAGUACUGCAAUCCAUCCAAUCUAACGCCUGACUCAGUACCAAACGUGAAACCCAGAAUUCCAAGUGCUUCGCUGUCACAGAGCGUGGCGGUGGAUGAGACUGUGUUGCCUGCAGCAUCUCAGAACAUCACAGCUUAUGCAGUUAACACAGAACCGUCGCAAGGGACAAAGCUAUGUGAAGUUAUCGGGAUGACAGCGGUAGGAGAAACGCCUGAGAAGAAGCAAAAACAGAACGUCGGUCAGCUCCAUGGAUCCAAACCCAUAGCUCAGAAGACGGCCACUCAUUGCAUCAUGGCUGAUACAAUGAGCUCAUCGUUCUACACUGUAGAAAACACAGACUCACAGAGGAAGAAGACCAAACUGACAGGUGCAGGCAGCAGUGGCAUUAGGCCCCAGCCAUCCCUUCCUAGGACCAAUGGUGGCAUGAAGAUCCUACAGAAGCAAUCUCCUAAGAAACAACAAAUCCCUGCACAGGCCUCCCCCCAGAAACAAUCAGUUCUGUCAAGUUUCUUUCAACCAGUCAAAAAGAAAAGGCAUUUGGAGGACGAGCUCUUCGCUGUUAUGUCUGAGCCAAAACGGCCUGUACUGGAAUCAUCCCUCAGCGUACAGGCACCCAACACCCCUGCAGCAACAUCCCUGACUCCACUGGGGUCAGCAGCUGAUCUUUUUGUAGGACGGUCGGAAGCAGACAGGGUCUCACACGCUGUCCAGGAGGAGCCGCAGAGCAGGAAGAGGAAGGAGAUGGAAGCAGAGAUACAGAUUGAUGAACUGGAGUCUAUUAUGUCUGAGGAUAUGGACUGCUUUGAUGAGCAGAGCAUAACGCACAGUUUCGCAGAACAGAAACAAAGUUUAAAUACUGCAGAGUCUUCAAGCAAGAGGCAACGGGUCCACCUAGAAGAAAAAGGAAGCAACAAAAGGACACAGUUGGGCCUGGAAAGGGAGUCGGGCACCCAUAAGGGCCACAGCCAAAAAUCUGAACAUCAUAUUGUCUCUGUCAAGACGGAGCAGGUCCAUCCUUUCGAGUACAGGACAGCUUAUCAUGAGUCCAGCAAACCUCCAGAAGCGUCAUCUGCCAGUACAAGCAAAAACAUUGAUGCUUUUGAAGACGACGAGGCGUCUUUCAUUGAGGAUUUAGAACUAGUCAGACUAGAUGUGUCCCAUCCCAAAGAAGAGACCAAGACCCCUCUGAAACCGGUCACUAUCAAACAGGAGGUCCAAGAGUCAAAGACUGAUGAAAACCUUCCUAAAAAGCUGGUGCUAGUGGAGUUUAGAUCUCUAACUGUGACCGCACCUCCCAAAACAAAACCACAGAGGAUGCAGGACGUCAGCAACGCAAAGAACUUCAAAUGUUUCCGCAAGACCUGCGUGCCAGGAGCAGGCGGCUCACCACGCAUCAUUGGAGGGUCUGAUCUGCUGGUUCACAACAGGGGCAUGAACACUGAUCUGGACGAAUGGCUGAAAGAUGCAGCAGAGGAGGAGCUUCAGAGCAGGCGGGACGAGAGUGCCGGAGAUGACCUCUUUAGGUACAACCCCAGCAGACUAACCAAGAGAAGAUGAAAUGCCUCCAUGUUAACAUCCUAUGUAGGAAAUUUAUUUCAAAGGCACAGGAAGUGUGUGAAACUCCAGAAAGGACUCAAGAAAUCAUUUGACAAAUUACUCUUUAUCUGUUUUAUAAUAUAGAGGAAUAGAACGCAGAACUGCUUCAUAAUUGCUAAAAUUGUCAAUGUUUUGUUUUGCUGAUCUUGCUGUUCUAUCUGUAACUAUUUUCAUAUACUGCGCUACUUAAGCCACUGACAGCAAGCAAUGUAACGAAACAGUCUCAUGUUCAGAGUUUCCGCUCAGUUUUUAUUUGUCAAUAAUAAAAAAUGCAGCAUACAAAA